AUGACAGUUCAGCCGUUCAACGGAUCAUUGACUCUGAGAGUGCCGAGGCUUGCCGUGAACCAUGAGGAGAUCGGGCCACAGAACCUUGAGUUCUGUGAUGACUUUGAUGUGAAGCUUUUCGUCAGUGUUUUUGUCUCUGUCUGGAAAAUAGACGUGUAUCCUUAUUCCAAUCGUACUGGUGCCAGCAUAACUCCUUACAUCCCUGGCUGGGGAUUUGACGGUCGAUUACUGAAUCUAACAACAAUGAUGAAAGCGAUCAGAGACCUGCCAUUCGUUGGACCACCAGGCAACAACAGACUGCUGGACCUUCAUGAAGAUGAUCUCACGUCAUACAGUAGUAGUCUCGAGUUCUAUGUUAAUGUGGCCAUCUUACAAUCCAACAUCUAUGACCUAAAAUCUCAACUAACAUACAUAUGGAAGCAGACGAUACAAGCUGUUACUGACAUGGCAAAUAUCAAUACGAAAGUAGUGCGGCAGGAAGAAUGCAUUGAUAUGGAUGGUAAAAUGUUGACAAAAGUGGAAUACACGGUAUCCACGAAUGGAAUAACCUUGCUCCCACAGACUUUGCCAGAAAUAAACAGCACCCGUCUUCAGGAAAUGUUGACGAAUAUAUCACCAAGCAACAGACAAUACACACUGAUUACAACACAGUCUGAAAUAUCUGCCUAUGACAAACUAUUUUGGCUGUAUCUCCAACAACCCGUGUUUGCAUCCGAUAUCGGGAUUUUCCGACAUUACCUGCAGGGUAUCUGGCGCAGAAAGAAAGAUAUAGACGGAUCUGCAAAAAUCAAGAUAUUGUUUCAAGAAGAAAAUUUCUCAAUGAAGAGCUCCUUGAAAAUAUGGAAGAUAUCUUACUCUCUGACGUCACAUUCGUCUGUGCAGGACGUCAGAUUCCAUGGAAACCUGAAUAAGACAGAGUUGGCUUCACUCAUUGACAGCGUCUCCACCAACACAACGACACGUUAUACCAGUGCAGUUGUCAUGGAAAAUGACAUUUUCUACAGGAUAUCAGAAACCUUUAAUCUGUAUGUUAAAACGCGGGUCGCGUCCAUUGAUUACAGACAAUUUGAAGCUGCUUUGGAAACGAUUUGGUCUUUUGAAAUAUCGGGUAGUAUUACUAUACGUGUUGCUACUCAAGAAGAAAUCGUCAAUAGAUUUGGGAAGUCAACAUGGACAGUUAAAUAUGUCAUCCUCCAAAUGGAACAUGUUGUGUCACCCAGAACACUGGAUGGGUCCUUUCUUGAUAGCUUUAAUGUAACUAAUGGCCAGGGAGAACCGUACGUUAUCACAACUCCUCGGGAACACUUCAGGGUGGAAGAAUGUCUUCAAGUGUAUCUGUCUCAACCGCUGUAUCGCCAGGACAGAGAACACGUCAGACAUGAUAUUGAAUCUUCACUUCACCGCAUGGCAGGUGAAUUGCAGAAUGCUACACUUGAGUGGAAAGGUCAAAUCAAAUUCAUCAGUGUAGAUAACAGCUCAUCCACGUGGAGACAACUGUUUGUCGUAAAGGUUGAUUAUACGGUCGUGAACUAUCAAAGAGAUCACCAUCUCAAGGUUAAUGCAAUAACGAUUAACGCGACAUCCCCUAAUGGAGAAAAGUACCAUGUCUAUACAACGGAUACUGUGAUUGGCUACCUCAGAACGGAUAUGCAGUAUUCCAUCACUGUGAUUGGUCACAUUCAGAGUGACCAUCUUCAAUACUUUCAACAGGCCAUCAACAAGACAUGGUUGAGGACAUUCGGCAAUGUCACAGUUCGUGUCAAACAGCAAGAGGAGCUUGUUGGUGACAAUGGGUAUGUGUUCUGAAUGUCAUAUUAAACAAUAUAUAUAUAUAUAGUAGUAAUAUACUUGGUCGUCAAAGGAAUGGAACUAACAAAUGUACCUACGUAUAUGUAUCAUCUGUUUGUCAUACUUAUAACCUAAUUUGAUUUUUAUAAUAGAAAAAUAUGAUUGCAUUUAUGUUUGAAUAUAAUGUGAUAUUAUUAAAGGGAAACACAGUUUAAAAAACUGAUAUUUACAUAUUCAGCUACACAUAUUGUAGAUAGCGAAUAUUUAUUUAUAAAUUCUAAAUGGUUUGUA